UGUUGUUGUCUCAUCAAAAUCAUCUAUCAUUCUUCAUGCAAGGCAUCACCAUCAUCACAAUAAUUACCCUAAUUAAAUUCAAGCAACGCAAAGAGAAGCGUGCGCUUUGCGCAGUAACUAGCUCCAAUAAUUUUUCAAGUACUGAUGCAAAAAACAUCAAUUAAACAUUUAUUGGAGAUCUGUUAAUUAAACAACCAUGGCUUCGUCGUAUAUCAAGGAUGAUCAAGGUGGAACUUUUAUUCCUGCCAGUCAACGUCCCGAUGGUUCUUGGAGAAAACCGAGACGCGUUAAAGACGGAUAUGUUCCUCAAGAAGAAGUACCUCUGUACGAAAGUUUAGGAAAACAAUUUCAAAAGAAUAAAUUAUCACAUCCAGUGGGUAUGUCUGCUGAGUAUGUAGCAGAACAUAAAGCCAAAGUUGAAGCUGAGCAAAAAAGAACGAUACCGGGUAUGGUCAUUGUAGCUGAAACUAAAAAAAAGAAAAAGAAGUCCAAAAAUAAGAGUACAAAUGCGUUAGCCGAGGACCUUGCCAAAACAACGAUUUCUGACGGUUCCAAUAACGUCGCCAGUAAAAAAACAAACGACACAUCAGUACAAAAACCAGUUAGCAAUAGCAAUAAGAUAACAACUAACUCUCAGCCGUCAAACUCAACGCGUAUUGACACCACAUCGCUGCUUAGUGAUAGUAUGAAACGUCUGAAAAAUCUUCGGAAAAAAAUACGAGAAAUUGAGCAACUUGAGAGCAAAAUAAAGAGCGGAGAUUUGAAAAGUCCUGAGAAAGAAAUAGUUGACAAAAUAGCCAAAAAGAAAGAUAUUUUAGAUGAAAUUAAAUUGUUAGAAUCUAAUCAGUAAUUUUAAAUAAUUAAUUAACUUGUCAAUUAAUAUGAAUAUAUAUAUAUAUUAUAUAUUUAUAAUAUCAUUUGUAUAUUAUCUAUUUUUUAAUGACGAUUUCGACCAAUUGUAUAAAAUGUUUAUGGAAAAAUUAGACUUUCUUAAAUAAAAAGUUAUUAAUAAUUGA